CUGAUCCGAGAAAUCUCGGAGCCGCGCCCGGCGGAUCCCGGAGACCGCGCGGCGGGGACGCGCGGGGAUCGCGAUCCGGAACCGUCCGCCGAGCGAGAGCAGCGCCCCCGGCCCGGGGCUCGCUGCGUGGAGAUCGGCGGUGGGGCAAAGAAGCCCCCGUGAGCCGAGGACGCCAUGGCCACGUCGGCCCCGCUGCGCAGCCUGGAGGAGGAGGUGACCUGCUCCAUCUGCCUGGACUACCUGCGGGACCCCGUGACCAUCGACUGCGGCCACGUGUUCUGCCGCGUCUGCACCAGCGACGUGCGCCCGGCCCCGGGCGGCCGGCCCGUCUGCCCACUCUGCAAGAAGCCCUUCAGGAAGGAGAGUAUCCGGCCCGUGUGGCAGCUGGCCAGCCUGGUGGAGAACAUCGAGCGGCUGCAGGUGGACAAGGACAGGCAGCCCGGAGAGGGGGCCCGGGAGCAGGCGGACAGCAGGCUGUGCGAGCGGCACCGCGAGAAGCUGCACUAUUACUGCCAGGACGAUGGCAAGCUUCUGUGUGUCAUGUGCCGCGAGUCUCGGGAGCACCGGCCCCACUCGGCCGUCCUCGUGGAGAAGGCUGCCCAGCCCCACAGGGAGAAGAUCCUGAACCACCUGAGCACCCUCAGGAGAGACAGAGACAAGAUUCAGGGCUUUCAGGCAAAGGGAGAAGCCGACAUCCUCACCGCCCUGAAGAAGCUCCAGGACCAGAGGCAGGACAUAGUGGCUGAGUUUGAGCAGAGCCACCAGUUCCUGAGGGAGCGGGAGCGGCACUUGCUUGACCAACUGGCGAAACUGGAACAGGAGCUCACGGAGGGUAGAGAGAAGUACAAGACCAAGGGUGUCUCGGAGCUGGCCCGGCUAGCGCUGCUCAUCUCUGAGCUGGAGGGCAAGGCCCAGCAGCCAGCAGCGGAGCUCAUGCAGGACAGCAGGGACUUCUUGAACAGGUAUCCGCGGAAGAAGUUCUGGAUUGGGAAACCCAUUGCUCGAGUGGUAAAAAAAAAGACAGGAGAAUUCUCAGAAAAAGUGCUGUCUCUGCAGCGAGGACUAAGAGAGUUCCAAGGGAAGCUGCUUAGAGACUUGGAAUACAAGACGGUGAGUGUCACCUUGGACCCGCAGUCGGCCAGCGGGUACCUGCAGCUGUCAGAGGACUGGAAGUGUGUGACGUACAGCGGCCUGUACCAGAGCACUUACCUGCACCCGCAUCAGUUUGACUGUGAGCCGGGUGUGCUGGGAAGUAAGGGCUUCACCUGGGGCAAGGUGUACUGGGAGGUGGAGGUGGACAGGGAGGGCUGGUCCGAGGAGGAGGAGGAGGGGGAGGAGGAGGAGGAGGGGGGGGAGGAGGAGGAGGAGGAGGAGGAGGCCGGCUACGGGGACGGGUACGAAGACUGGGAGACAGAUGAGGACGAGGAGUCUUUGGGGGAGGAGGAGGAGGAGGAGGAGGAGGAGGGGGAGGAGGUCCUGGAAAGCUGCAUGGUGGGGGUGGCCAGAGACUCUGUGAAGAGGAAGGGAGACGUGUCCCUGCGGCCAGAGGACGGGGUAUGGGCCCUGCGCCUCUCGUCUGCGGGCAUCUGGGCCAAUACUGACCCCGAGGCUGAGCUCUUCCCUGCGCUGCGGCCGCGGAGGGUGGGCAUCGCCCUGGACUACGAGGGGGGCACCGUGACCUUCACCAACGCCGAGUCACAAGAGCUCAUCUACACGUUCACGGCCACCUUCACCCGGCGCCUGGUGCCCUUCCUGUGGCUCAAGUGGCCUGGGACACGCCUCCUGCUGAGACCCUGAGCCCCGCACCCCCCCCCAGCCCAUGACCCCCGACGCCCCCCUCCCCUGGGAGCCCCGGACUGUGCUGGGAACGGGGUGUCUGGCCAUCGCACCUGGAGCAGGUGGGCCCCCGCCCCCCAUGGCCGGGGCCCGUGGAGGCUCGCUCAGUGCUGCUGCUGUGCCAUACAGCCGUAGUCAGGCUCUUCCCCCAGCCCCCGGGGCUCCCCAUGCACACUUCCAACCCGAGGGCCACGGGGCCGCUCUUCUGCCCACUGCCUUUGACCCAGCUCUGCACUCUCCAUGCUGAGUUAGAGGAGAAGCAGUGUUUUGCUGCCCCGUCCAGCAUCCCACGCUGACUCUUCCUAGGAAAAAGCAGGUGACUGUGAGGCCCAAUGCACAUGCUUCCUGCUUGCCCAGACCCUCUCUGCUGCUGCCUGCGUUCCCCAGCACUUGAGACAGCCACACUGCCCCCCAGCUCAAGAGUCUCAAGCACCCACACGCACUCUAGUGGACGGGGCAAAAGCCCGCCACGGUUUCCGGGCUGCGUAAUAAGCCUCCUGGAGUGCCGCGGAGUCGGGGGUCAGCAUGGGCUCCGUGCUUCUCCAGGAGAGAGCUGAGCGUCUGAUGUGUGUGCAUUGAAGAAGGCGGGACCCCCUGGAGGACCUGUGGACUUGGGGGAAGGAUCUGUGUACGUGUGGCUUCGGUUCACCACUUGUGACCAGUGAUCAGUAUAACCCGUGGGUGUGGCCACAGGAGGCAGAUUGUCCAGGGCGUCCAGAAUAUCCUGCUCUUGACCAGUCCUCUGAAAGCACCAGGGCAAACAUCCGCUGAAGCCACACCUGGAAUCCAGUCCCCUCCCUGGAAGCCUGGACAAGUCUGCUGCAGGCUACGAAGCGGGAAGCCUGUGUUGCGCCUGACUCCACACACAGUCUGUUCUCCUGGGAGAAGGGCGGUGGUGGGCACAGGAGAGGUCACCGGGUCCUCAGGUCAGGAGAAGGUUAGAGCCUGGCCUCGUACGCCCAGGCCCAGCCCCGUCCCAGCCUGUGUCCAGGGCCCUCUCGUGGCCAGCCCCACAGCCUGCCAGCAGCCUGGCCCAGAGACCACGUGUCCCCAGCCACUGGCCUCCACACUGUCUGGGACUUGCCCCGUGCAUGUGUCCCGUGCUGCCGGGUCACACAUCCACCUGAUCCUGCCUCUAGGUUUGUAAGGUCCUGGAGGGUGGAGACCGUGUCUUCUCCUCUGCACUCCCUGCGGCACCACCUGCAGUGUGGGCACAUAGUAGGUGCUUAAUAAAAACUUGAUGAAUGAGCAGCCUGGGUUUACACAUAUUUUAUUAUAACUCAGACACCCCCAGACCUUCUUAGUCUGGCUACAGAGAGGUUCCACGGACAGUGGCCCCAGGCUUUGCUCCCCCACCCUUUCUGGGACGUGUACCUGCAGCUCUGCCCACCGUUUGCUCACACACUCUUUGCACAUAAUGCUGUCCUCUGUACACACACUCUUUGUUCACAGGCUGUUGGCACACACGCUGUUGUCUGCACACACAUUCUUUGCACAUAUGCCGUUUGCUCACACGCUGUCUGCACACACUUUGCUCUCAUGCUGUUUGCGCACACACUGCUUGCUCACACGCUGUUGCACACGCGCUGUCAUUUCUGCUCCCCCGGACGAAAGCCCCCUUACCUCCCUUCCCACGGGGCCAGCCCUUGGUUGAGCCCCAGCAUCCGCAGAGCGCAUGAUGGGGCCGUGAGAAGGUGACAUUGGUGGCACUCCCAGAAUCUUUCCUCAGAAAAUAAGCAGUGCCCAAAGGAAAUACAGCAGAGACUCUGUCCUGCUGUGUGACACAUUCAGCUCUCUGGUUCUGGCCUCUUUCUGAUGUUUUUAAACUGCCAUAUUAAAGGUGGAAACGGAAGAGUGGGAUAAAGCCCCUUCAAGAUCUCGUUUAUGACUCAUUUAGGUUCUCCCUUUUUAUUUCAAUUGUUCUUUUUACUUUUCUUUCCAAAUACAGAUAUGCAAAAUGUGUCAAUUAUAGACAUACAAUGUGCGUUAUCAGUUAUAAUAAGGUCAGUUUACCUGCAUUUGAGUCCUGAGAGACAAUAAUCACCAGCAUAUGCUUGAAAUUCUUGAAAAUUUAUUUUGUUGGUUGAUGUGAAUUGUUCCCUGAAAUUAUACUCUACUAAUCUUUUAUUUAUGGAAAAUUUUCAUAAUUCUCACAAUGCCUUUUCUCCUUUCUUGGAAAGAAUUUUUAUAUAAUGAGGUUUCUGAAAUGUUUUAAGGUGAUCAUUGUAUAAUUAAAAGCUCAUAGUUAUUAAAUAGGGAACAUUUCCAUUUGAACAAAACAUGAAUGCCUUCAGGUCAUUGUUGCUUUACCGAGUCUCACAAGGGUCAUGCUUCCAGGAUAAUCAGUAGACGAGCAAGUGUCGGCAUAAAACGGCCUUGCAAAGUCAUAAACAAAACUGCAUACUGGGUGACACCAUCUUAGAACAGAAAGUUACCAGCAGGGCACUUACUCAGCAAGUUCUCUGGAACCUUUCUAUUCUGUAAGUAGUUUUUAUACGUGAGCUGCAACUACACAUAUGGUCCAGUCUACCUUCCGUGUUCCCACAAAGGAGAAAGAACACUGCCUGCCCUCCCACCCCCCACGGCAGGAGGGGGUCGAGCUCUGGGCUCCCAUCCCCACCCACCCUGAGCUCAGGCAGCUGAGUCCGGUGUCUGUGAAAGCAGUUCACACCUGGACCACCGGCCAACGUGGCUGCUUUUCCUUCCUGUGCGGCUUCGUCCUCCCUGCUGUAAUUGCCUCUUUCUCCCCUUUUGCUUCAUCUCCUACACCCUUGUUGCUAACUGAACCCCAAAGACUUGGCUGGGAGUCAGGGUCCCUCAGGGUGCUCACUUCCCAGGUUCUCUUCUCAGGGCCGUCUCUGCCGCCUCCUGACCUUCAGUCGGGGACGGCUGCCCCUCACCUGUGCCUCUCACCUGUGCCCAGCCUCCUGGCUCUCCCUUCUCUGCCGUAUUGGAACUGUGGCUUUGGUUUCGUUUUCUUAUCCUAUUUUUUCCCUCUUCUUCAUUUACUUCCUUCUGGUGAAACAUCACCCCCUAGCUUCCUGAGAAAUGGGGCAUGUAAGUCGAGUUUUUGAAUUUGUAAACAUCGGGAUGUAUGUGUCCAACCUUCCCCCACCAUGGUGCUAAUUAACUCAGUGGACCCUGUCAUUCUAGAAAUUCAUAAGCUUUCGGUUCUGGGAAACAUUACUGAAUUAUUUCUUGAUGGUUUUUCUCUCCUUCAUUUUCUCUAUUUUCUCAAGUCUAUUCUUUGCCACCUUCGUAUAGCUCCUGAAUUCAUUUGCUGAGUGUCUGUGAGAAGCCAGGGUGUGUCUAGGUUACAAUAGCAAUAAAGUAAACAAAGUCCCUGCAUGGAGUUGAUAUUCUAGUGGAGGGUAAUGGGCAGUGAGUGAGAGUAGAAAAUACAACAGCAGUUAGCACCCUGCAGAGACCUAAGAUAGGAGGAUGAUGUGUAGUAAGCCAGAUGGUCAGCGCCUCUCUCAGAAGGUGGCAUUAAAGCUGAAAUCCAAAUUCCAAGAAGGAACUCUAGGAUGGCACCAGCCAGAGUCACAAGGCAGGGACAAGCUGGGCACAGAAAGAUGGGGUGUCUGGAGUGUGAUAUUGGAGAGCAGGGAGAGGUCAGCAGAGGCGACUCAUGUCGGACCAUGUGAGCCUGAAGUCAGCACUGGGGAGGGGCUGUGCUGACCCCUGGGGUGAGUGUGACGUCAGCACGGGGGUGAGCCGUGCUGGCCCCUGGGGUGAGAGUGAAGGUCAGCACUGGGGAGGGCCAUGCUGACCCUAGGGUGAGCUGACCCCUGGGUGAGAGUGAAGUCAGCAUGGGGGAGGGCCGUGCUGGCCCCUGGGGUGCCCCAGCACCUGCCAGAGGGCCAGGCAGAGGAAGGACGCAGCAGCCAGCCAGGUGAGAAGGAGCCCAGCGAAGCAGCAGGUGGAACUGGAGAGGUUAGAUGCCUCGGAUUAAUAAAUACACCUUUCAGGCAUUUAUACUUUUAGAAAACAUGAUUAUUCAGUUAUUAUUACCUGAGCCGUUAUUGUCUGGCAAGAAAAUCAUGUAAUCAAGCAGGCACUGUACAGACUAAAAGUUUCGCCAGAUUCUACAGUCUGUAGUCGUAACAGCUGGAGCUGAGGAACCCUGGAAGAAAGCCUUGUUACGUCUAAUAUUGGCAAGAUCAGCUCUAUGACAGCAGAGCACCAAGCGCGUGGUUGUGGUUAGAGGCUUCCCUGCAGCCCCACACCCUGAAUGGUGAUGUUGCCGUGGACACCCAUGGCCAGACUCCCCUCAGAACAAGCAGGAGAGGUCCCCGAGCCCUAGCACGAGGAUUCCACAGGUUAGGAGCAGGGGAACAGGGCAGAAAGAGAAGGUCAAAACUUAGACAUGGAGAAAAGUUUGAAACAAAUCGGGGGUGGGGGGGGGGGUGGCAGGCAUGCAAUGUUUUGCUCUGACGAUGAUACUCAUGUCUGGCUUUGGUACGUAGGUCCUGGUCACUCUUUUCCUAAUGUUCCAUAAAUGUUCAAAAAGACUGUUUCCUGUUAAGUCUAUGGUUCCACAUGUGAUCAUUAGAUGAACUUUAUUUUGUUAUUCCAAUACACUGUAUAUUUAUUCCGAAAAUCUUAUUUUGUGCCUCAAAUAUGCUAUAUAUCUUUACAAUUUUUUUUGCCUUUGAGUAUCAGUGACUGAAAGAAAUAUGUUUUAAAAUCUGCUAUUAAGUUCUUUUUGUAACUGACCAUGAAUUGUUAGAUGUGUUAGAGCUUAGAAUUGUUUCCAGAUAAAUUGUUCCUUUUACC